CUGGGCGCCGACCGGGAGAGAGGUGCGGAGUGUGCGCCGUGGGCCUACCACGCCGCCAAGGAGGCGCCGCGGAGGGCAAGGCCGGGCCCCUGUCCCCGCGCAGGCCCUGCCCCGGAUUUCUGAACCCGCGCAGGCUGAGGCUGAGGGUCUCUGUCCCCACGCAGGCCCUGACCCGUUUCUGCCCCCACGCAGGACGACGCCAAGGGUCUCUGUUCCCGCGCAGGCCUUGUCCAGAGUUUCUGUCCCUGCACAGGCAGCUGCUGAGGGUCGCUGCCCCCGCGCAAGUCCGGCCCCAGGAAUGUUUCAGACGUUUAAAGAAUGGUUCUGGUUGGAAAGAUUCUGGCUUCCUCCAACAAUAAAGUGGUCAGAUCUUGAAGAUCGUGAUGGACUCAUCUUUGCAAAACCUUCUCAUUUAUAUAUGACAAUUCCAUGUGCUUUUCUCUUUCUGAUUAUCAGACAUUUAUUUGAAAAAUUUGUUGCUUUACCUCUAGCAAAGGCAUGUGGCGUUAAAGAUACAGUUCGAAAGAUUGUACCAAAUACUGUCUUAGAGAAUUUUUUCAAACAUUCCACAAGGCAACCAUCACAAACUGAUAUUUAUGGACUGGCAAAGAAGUGUAACCUGACGGAGCGCCAGGUUGAAAGGUGGUUGAGGAGUCGGCGGAAUCAAGACAAGCCUUGCAGGAUGAAGAAAUUCCAGGAAGCUUGCUGGCGAUUUACAUUUUACCUAAUGAUAACUGUCGCUGGAGUUGCAUUUCUUUAUGAUAAACCUUGGGUAUAUGACCUAAUGGAGGUUUGGAAUGGCUAUCCCAAACAGCCCCUGCUGCCAUCCCAGUACUGGUACUACAUUUUAGAAAUGGGUUUUUAUUGUUCUCUGUUGUUUAGCCUUGGCACUGAUAUCAAGAGGAAGGAUUUCCUAGCUCAUGUCAUCCACCACCUGGCUGCUCUUAGUUUGAUGAGCUUCUCUUGGUGUUCUAAUUAUAUUCGCAGUGGGACCCUUGUGAUGGUUGUGCACGAUGUAGCUGACAUUUGGCUGGAGUCUGCUAAGAUGUUUGCUUACGCUGGAUGGAGGCAAACUUGUAACAUCUUGUUUUUCAUCUUCUCUGUCAUGUUUUUCAUCAGCCGCUUCAUUAUUUUUCCCUUCUGGAUUUUAUACUGCACGCUCAUUCUGCCCCUGCAUUACCUCGAGCCAUUCUUUUCGUACAUCUUCCUCAACCUCCAGCUCAUCAUCUUGCAGAUCCUUCACGUUUACUGGGGUUACUACAUCCUGAAGAUGCUCAAAAGAUGUAUAUUCACGAAGAACAUCCAGGAUGUGAGAAGUGACAACGAGGAUGAGGAGGAAGAGGACGAGGAAGAGGAAGAGGAGGAAGAAGAAAAAGAGGCUACCAAAGGCAAAGAGAUAGACUCUUUGAAGAAUGGCCUUGGGGCCGACAGGCAUCUCAUUCCCAAUGGUCAGCAUGGCCGUUAGCUUGAAGCCCAUAUAACUCCCAUGGCACAGUGUGCUGCAGGGGCUGUUGGAAGCAUGGAAUGAUCCUCCAUUCAUUGCUGAGGCCUAGAGGACCCAUAGAGAUCCCAGACCCCAGAUUUUGCCCUUACCUCUUUCUAACCCCCACCUUCCCUCCUACCUAAGAUGUGUUUAACAAACCGUUGUUAACUUACGUUGAAAUGUUAAAUAUAAGCGUGCCCAUGGAUUUUACUGCAGUUAGGACUCAGACUGGUCAAAGAUUUCAAAGAUUUCUCCAGAGAACCGUUUCAGUUCUAAUUGCAUUCCUUCAUGCAUUUGACUUUUUCAGGAGUUCAAUUUGUUGUAGGCCCUUUCACCUUCUCACCUUGCCUAUCCUCAGGAUGGUUGGAUAAGUACUAAGUAAACCCACUUUUUCCGGGUGUGUUUUACCACAAAGAGUAGCUCAUUUCCCAAAAAUGAGUUAGAAGUGGCAAUGGAACAGAGACAGAAAGACCAAGCCAGGAGACAGGGCUCCAGGGUUCUAGGACCACUUCCUACCUAAGCAAAUUUAGGUGCUUAUCUCUACAAUGCAGAUGGUAAUCCCUGCCUUGCCACAUCACAGGGUUAGAGUAAGGAUCAAAUGAGAUAGCAGAAGUGAAAGUGUUUUUUUGUCCACUGUGGCAGUAUUGUUAAUGGGCCCUUUUUGUACUAUGAUUCCAGCUCUAUUUAGGAGAGAGAAACCUGGCUAACCUUGGCAUUGAAUGAGCCUGAAUGAAAGGCACAAUCUUUAAAAAAAGUCCCUCUUAAAUGCUUCUGGAAAUACCUGAAAAUGAAAAUUCCAAGAAGGCUAUUUCCAUUUUAUUUGGUAACUAUUUAUUUGUUGGUUCCAUAAGGAUAAUUCUCAAAUUCCCCUGGAAGUUUCCUUCCUCAGGCCUCAUGGCCAAGGGAAGGGAAUUUGGGCCCUGUUCCUUCUUGUCCUUUGCUGUCUCUCAAUUUUUACUUCUCUAAGAGGGAGGCUUCAUGCUGCUGCCCUGGCCCUCCUUCAGGCCAGCCAAGCUAUCCAGCUCACUGUAUAGGUCCAGCUGGGGCUUCUCUGGGGGGGUCAAACCCAGAUCAGGUUGCUCACUGGGCCACAUCCCCCAGGAAGUCUGAGCCUCUGGGGAAGACUCACAUGUGAGCUGCCAGACCCAAAGGAAAUCUUGGAAACAGAAAAAGGAUGCUACAUGAUUUCAUCUCAGUAUCCAAUUCAAUCAGACUCCAUAACCAUGCAACAGCACAACACAAAAGGCUGAAAAAUACCUCUGAGAAAUGUCCAAGGACAGGUGCUAGAGUCAAUGACAGCUCCCUAGGAGGAGGGAUACAGGCCAGUAGGGCAGUAGCCAGCUCUCCCUCACCCUCCAGAAACAUGUCCCCACCCACUUCGCAGCCUUGUCACUACAGGGACACAUCUUCUGACCACAGUGUACAGGGCCAGCCUUGGAGACUGCUCAGGUGCUCACAAACCAAGGGAGGCCAAGCCUUCAAAGGAAGAGCUUGAGCAGACUAUGCACCCUCCCUUCACCCCCUGCCCCAGUCUCUCAUAUUUGGGUAUGAGAUUUUGGAUUUUCACCCUAUUUUGCUCAGGGGCUUGUAUUAUAAAACCCCAUGGGAGGUCGGAGUGUGGGGACUGGAAAACCAGCCCCCACCAGUGCAGGCUAUAGGGCCCCUUCACUGUACACAGAAAAGAGGCCUGAGUACUUUGCUUUUUAAUAAAAGUACGUUUUAAAAACCUUCAGGCUAAAGAAAAGCAAACACACAAAAAAACUCUUUAGAAUCUUUCUUUCCCAAACAAAAUCUCUUUUUGAAAAGUCAUUAGAAGAAAACCAAGUGUCAGAUUUUCUCUGCAUAAUUUUUGCUUUUAUGAAUACAAUAACAUGCAUUAUAUGUAUAAAGUGAUAUUAUAAAUCAAAAAUGCCUCCACUCACUUGAGGGCAUAGCUGUUCAUUUAUUGUUAUUAUUAUUUUGGUGGAAGAAGAUACUAUUUUUUAUGUUUCCAGUUAACAGACUAUUUUUUCCUUCAUUUAUUUUGGUCUUGUCUCUGUACCAAAUAUCUUCUUGCUUAAGGUAAAAAAUUGUUUGUUUAAUUCUU